AUGCCUCCUAAGGCCGCUGACAAGAAGCCCGCCUCCAAGGCCCCGGCCACUGCCUCUAAGGCUCCCGAGAAGAAGGAUGCCGGCAAGAAGACCGCGGCUACUGGUGAGAAGAAGAAGCGCACCAAGGCGCGCAAGGAGACAUACUCCUCUUACAUCUACAAAGUCCUGAAGCAGGUCCACCCCGACACUGGUAUCUCCAACCGCGCCAUGUCCAUUCUCAAUUCCUUCGUCAAUGACAUCUUCGAGAGAGUCGCCACCGAGGCCUCCAAGCUUGCUGCCUACAAUAAGAAGUCAACCAUCUCCUCCCGAGAGAUCCAGACCUCUGUCCGCCUGAUCCUUCCCGGUGAGCUCGCCAAGCACGCCGUGUCGGAAGGCACCAAGGCAGUCACCAAGUACUCUUCGUCCACGAAAUAA